UUUGUUUGAACGUUACGAAUAUUUUAGUUUUCAUAUUUCCCGCAACGGAAGUUGCUUGUGGCUGCGCAAAGAGUGAUGUGUGGUAAACAGUAGUUUCUUUCUCUUUUGAACAACUGAACAAAAUGUCGAAGAGAGGACGUGGAGGUUCUGCUGGAGCAAAAUUUAGGAUAUCACUGGGCUUACCAGUUGGCGCAGUCAUAAAUUGUGCCGAUAAUACUGGUGCCAAAAAUUUAUACGUCAUCGCAGUACAAGGUAUUAAAGGCAGGUUAAAUCGUUUGCCAGCUGCAGGAUCAGGUGACAUGAUAGUUGCCACUGUCAAAAAGGGCAAACCUGAACUUAGAAAAAAGGUUAUGCCUGCAGUUGUGAUACGUCAACGGAAACCAUUUCGAAGGAAGGAUGGGGUUUUCAUAUACUUCGAGGAUAACGCAGGGGUAAUUGUGAAUAACAAGGGGGAAAUGAAAGGAUCAGCAAUUACAGGACCUGUUGCAAAAGAAUGUGCGGAUUUGUGGCCCAGGAUCGCAUCCAAUGCUAGCAGUAUCGCUUAAACGUUCUGUAUAAAUUUAUUGUCCUUAAUAAAAUAAGUUGAGCACUUGCUCAC